AUGUUUUUGCACGAGGCCAAAGAUGCCACGAACUGGAGCGCCGAACUCGGAGCCUCCGACGCCGCGGCAGCGGACCCGGAAGAGCUGGCGAAGCUCCGCGCGCAGGUGUCCGAGCAGCAGCAGGAAAUUGCCCAGCUGCAGGCCGAGCUGGCAAAGGCCGCCGACCUCCAGCUGCAGGUCUCCGCCCUUCAGAAGGAGCGGUCUGCUGCCGCGGAAACGGCAACCAAGGAGGAGAAGCGAGCGGCAGCCGCCGAAGCUUUGGUGUCGCAGCUCCAACAGGAGCGGCAGGGCGACACGGCAAAGUCCGCUGACGUCCAGAAGCAAGUCGCCAGCCUUCAACAGGAGCUCGCGGCUGCGAUGGAGAGGGCGAUGCAGGAGGCGCAGAGGGCAGCUGAUGCCGAGAGCCUGGCAUCGCAGCGGCAGCAGGAGCUCCAGGACCGGAACGCGGAGGAGCUGGCUGCCCAGAAGGCGCAGCAAACCCAAGCCGAGGUGGCGUCGCAGCAGAUCGAAACACUGCAGGCGCGCGCUGCCGCAGCGGAGAAGGAACUGGCGCAGGCCAAGGCGGCCCAGCAGACUGGAGCAGAGGGCGCGCAGCUCACGGCGCAGCUUACCGCGCAGCUGGCGGAAGCACAGGCGCAGGUGCUGCAGCUGACCGAGCUCAACACCGACGCGACCGCACUACGUGAGGAGCUCGCCACAGUGAAAGAGGCCCACUCAAAGGAGGCGGUGCAGCUCAAAGCCCGCAUCCAAGAGCUGGAGGCCCAGGCAGCGGCCGCCGAAGCCUCCGCGGGCAAGCAGCUGGAGGAGAUGCAAAAGCUGGGCGAGGAGGCGGGGAACCUCCAGCAAACCCGGGACGAGCUGCUCCUGCGGCAGCAGGAUCUCGCGGCCGCCCAGGUUGCCGUGCAGAAGACGGCAGAGGCGCUGGAGAAAGCCCUGGCCGGCCAGCGCCAAGAGGCAGACCGGGCCCUUGCGGCGGAGACGGCCGCAGCGGCCGAGGUGCAGAAGUCGCUGCAGCUGCAGGAGGAGGCCUCGCAUCUCGCCGCGCGGCUGUCGGACGCAGAGGCAAAGCUCGCGCAGCUCCCUGCGGUUCCUGCGGAGGACGCGAGCCUUCGCGAGGCUGCGCAGCAGAUUGAGGCGCUGCAGGCGCGUGCAGCGGCGGCCGAUCAGGAGCUGGCGCAGGCAAAGGCAGCUCAGCAGACCCAGAGAGAGGAGCUGGAGUCUGCCCUCGCCCGCCAGAGCAACGAGGCAGCGCAGCUCACGGCGCAGCUGGCAGAAGCCCAGGCAAAGCUCGCGCAGCUCCCUGCGCUUCCUGCGGAGGACCCGAGCCUUCGCGAGGCUACGCAGCAGAUCGAGGCGCUGCAGGCGCGUGCAGCGGCGGCCGAUCAGGAGUUGGCGCAGGCCAAGGCGGCGCAGCAGACCCAGAGAGAGGAGCUGGAGUCUGCCCUCGCCCGCCAGAGCAACGAGGCAGCGCAGCUCACGGCGCAGCUGGCAGAAGCCCAGGCGCAGCUUGUGCAGUUGGAGGAGCUGAAGUCCGACGCGGCAGCUCUGCGCGAGGAGCUCGCCACCGCGAGCGAGGGCCACUCAAAGGAGGCACAGCGCCUCCAAGCUCGCAUCGAGGAGCUGGAGGCCCAGGCGUCAGAGACCCAAGCCUCCGCAGCCAGGCAGCAGGAGGAGAUACAGAAGCUGGGUGAAGAGGCAGGUCGCCACCAGCAAACCCGGGACGCGCUGCUCCUGCGGGAGCAGGAGCUUCAGAUCGCCAAGGACGCCGCGGUGAAGACCGGGGAGGCGCUGGAGAAAGCCCUGGCCAGCCAGCGCCAAGAGGCAGACCGCGCCCUGGCGGCGGAGACGGCCACCGCGGCGGAGCUGCAGAAGUCGCGGCAGCUGAAGGAGGAGGCAGCACAGCUCGCCACGCGGCUAUCGGAGGCAGAGGCCAAGCUGGAGCAGCUUCCAGCGCUCCGCAAGGAAGCCUCGAGCCUGCGCGAGGCCCUAAGGGCCGGGCGACAGGAGAGCGAGCUCGAGGUGGCCGCAGCAAGGCGCGCUACCGAGGAAGCACUCGGGGAACUCCGGCAAGUGGAGCUCGCACGCCAGUGUGCCGCCUCCAAGGAGGCUGCCGAACUGGCAGGCCUCAACGCGCAGCUGCGGUGCCUCCAGGAGGAGCGGCAGCGCGAGGCCCACCAGGCAGCUGACCUGGCGGCGUCGCUAAAGCAGGAGCAGGUGCAGCGGGCAGCCCUCGAGGCAGAAAGGGCCGAGGUGCGCAACCGGAUGGAGGGGCUCCAGCAGGAGCUCGUGCGUCUGAGAACCACGAGCGCGCAGCAGGCCCACGCCGCGGAGCUCGAGUUGCAAAAGCUGCGGGCAGAGGUCGAACGGCGCCCCCCCUCCUCUGCAAGGAGUCUUCCGAGGUCCGGCAGAGCGGAAAGCGAGGCGAGCAUCGUCUCAACAGCUCACAAGUCGCACUACGCCAUGGAGGAGAGCACCGUGUCGCUCCACCUCGCCCUUCGCCAGGACCCCCGCCCGGAGAACGGCGCCCACUCGCCGGCGAUUCGGGCCAGCCUGGACUGCGAGGUCGUUCCGGUGUCUGCGCCUUGCUUGGCCUCCAUCGAAGUGGCCGGCUGCCAGGGCAGUCAGCCGAGCUUGGCGGACACCUGGCCAAACAAGGUGGUCUCCGAAACGCCCCGGUCUGGGCAGUUCAUCGUGGCAGAGGCCCUGACCGACGAUGCGCGCAAGACCGCGCUCGACUUGGCCAGAGACGUGGAGCGGACGAGGGAAGCACUUGCGCUUGCGGCUGGUGAAGAGCUUCCGAGGCCGUCGUUGCCCAGCCGGGGCUCGGCGGGCACGACCCCGCGGACGCCCGAGCUGACGGCGAGGACGCAGGCCACGGACGAGACGCCCUCGCUGGACCUCGGCUACUCCCUGGCCGUGACCGUCGCCGAUAAGGCGAGUGCGGACGAGGACCUGAUCAACGCCUCCGCCUCCCUAAGCCGCUCGCUGCUGCGCCCGCCGCUACCGCCUCCUCGCACCGAGCCAGCACAUCAGCCGGCCCCAGUGCGUGCGCAGGCCAUAGCAGGGAACAAGGCGGAAGCCCUGCCAGCGUUUGGCCCCACCCAUGGCAAGGGCACCAGUGAGGCCUCUCCUUCGCUGGUGGAGCCCUCACAUGGCUCCACGGCCUCGGCUGGACCUGCCCUGGAGCGCCUGGUGCGGCUUCCAGGCACUGAAUCGGCGAGUCGGAAUACAUCUGCCACGCUGCUGGAGAGCUGCCCAUCCCUGGUGCCGGACAAGGUGUUCAAUCAGGCCUUUCAGCAGCUGACGAGCAGCGCCCUCCGCGACGAGUGUGGAGUUCUCGACAGCCCGAUCGUGGGCUCCUCGCACACUGGCCGGACGGUCAUGGAGGAGGAUGGGGUGGCUUCCGAGAGCAGCUGGGGCGGCGGUGUGCACAGCACCGCUGCGCUGGUCAGCGAUGGGCUCAACGAAGCACUCACCUCGGCGCUGGCGAGGCAGACCUCCACGGACGCGACGCCCCAAGGCGCAGCGUCAGUGGCCAGCGGUGAUCCCGGCAUUGCCUUCGCAGCCCAGUCAGCGGUGAAAGAGGCAACGGAGCCCGGGCAGGCCGACGCGCGGCAAGCGUGA